AUGUCUUCAAGUGAACGUGUCGCUCUUGUUCUUGGCGCUUCGGGUAUCUCGGGCUGGGCGAUAACGCGCGAGCUCUUGCGCUACCCGACCCCUACCACGUUCUCCCAAGUCAUCGCGCUUUCGAACCGCCCGCUUGAUCCCGCAGUCACUCUGCUAUCUGACCCGCGUCUCACUUAUGAGCAUGGGGUCGACCUGACACAGUCCGUUAAGAGCGUGGUCAAGGCACUGAAAGAGAAGGUGCCAGAUAUUGCUAAGGUCACGAACGUCUUUUGGUAUGCCUACAUACACAAACCAAAUGAUGGCGACCUGGUCGCCGCCAACGGUCUGCUUUUGGACACGACACUGCGUGCCCUCAAGGAAACGUCGCCGAAGUUACAACACUUCAUAUGGCAGACCGGCGGCAAGUACUAUGGGGUAGAGCACCUGUUCUCGCAUCCUGAGCUCAUCCCGCCUGCUCCUUUCGAGGAAAGCCAACCCCGCCGUCCAGAGCCGUUGGCCUCCAAGAUCUUCUACUACAAGCAACUCGACAUCAUCGCCGAGCAUGCUAAAGACGCUUCGUGGUCCUGGAAUGAUCUGAGACCGGACCCUAUCAUCGGUUACGCGCCAACGACGAACGCGAUGAACCAGGCGCUUGCCAUCGGCGCUUACCUCGCCCUCUACCGCGCCGAGCACGGUUCCGGUGCCACAGUCCCACUUCCUGCCUCGCUCGCAGGCGGGCAGGCACUUAACUCCGAGAGCCCUGCGGAUGAUAUCGCGCGCGCUAGCAUCUUCCUAUCUUUGAAGGCCGAUCCGGCUCUCGAAGGCAAGUCGUUCAACAUCGUGGACUCCCCGAGCACCUACGAAGCGCGGUGGCCGACGCUCGCUAAGGCUUGGGGUCUCGUGGGUGCCCCACCCGACCCGAGUGCUGAAGUCGAGGGUGACCCAGUUGCUCCUACGACACGCGCGAUAGAGUGGGCGCAGAGCAAGACCGGCAAGUGGCGUGAGCUUGAGGAAAAACACGGGCUGCGCAAGGGCGUGUUUGAGGGCAUCGGUUUUGACUUCUUGUAUGUCAUGACCUUGCCGAGGGACCGGCGCAUGAGUACGAAGGCUUUGCGGGAGGCGGGUUGGAAGGAGGAACCGAACACGAUUGCGGCGUACGAGGAAGCGUGGCAACUGUUUGCGAAGGUUGGAUUUUUGCCACCUCCGUGA